AUGGAUUCUUCCUCUUCCGGUCAAAAUUCUGCAGUUACAAAUAAAAUCAAACAUGCAUACAAAAAGAAAAAAGUCAUUAAAAAUCCUACAAAACAUAGCAAACAGAAGACAGCUUCACGAUUUUAUAUAAUGAAGUGCUCGCAGUUGACUGGUGAGGGGUUUAUUAAAGUUCCUAUGAAAGAUUUAAUUCAAAGCUUUCAGGGUCCUUUAGUCAAAAGGAGUUCUAAUAGUUGGACGGACACCCCAGUUGUUCAGUAUUUCCACGUGCUUCCUUAUUCUGAAAUAAUCUCAGAAUGGUUUUCUAGAGAAACAUUCUCAAAUAGUUUGCAAGAUUUAGAACUGGUAGACAAACAAUUUCUGAAGCUUGAAGUGACAAAAUCAAGUGUAAGUAGUGAGGGCAUGUCUUUUGGGCUUGAUAACAAGCCAUGCAGUGAUAUUAUUGAAGCUCUUAAUCUGAAAGAAACCAAUGGUUUCUGCUCAAAUAACCAUGUGGUACUGUCAAGAAAGAGCAGGAUAUGGACAUGA